GGAUGACUUGUGGUCAUGUUUGGGAGGGUUUUCGGUAGACUGUUAACGGAAACCGUCCGCGGUCCCAGCGGUGUGAAACAUGCCCCUUUAGCCCAGCGGGCGGCCUCGGCCAGGGGGGUUUCGGACCUGAAGGACGAGGCGCAGCCGCCCUUUGACACCUCCCUGCUCCACUUCCUGGUGUGUCCGCUGUCCAAGAAGCCGCUGAGAUACGAGGCUAACACCAACGAGCUUAUCAACGACGAGCUUGGGAUCGCCUAUUCCAUAAGCAACGGCAUCCCCAACAUGAUCCCCCAGGAAGCCCGACUCCUGCAGAAAGACGGGGACACCUCAGCGCCACCAACACACCAGUAAAA